GCCUGUUGCUGAUCAGCCAGCUAUCACAUCCACCACCACCGACACCCUGCCACAAACACAACAAAAAAUACUAACCCCCCUACACCUACACGCACAGCUACGAUCGUUACAAUGAGUCUAGCAUCGAAAACACAGUCGCAGAAACUGUUUGAGAAGCUCAAGUCCAGCCGGUCCAACAAGGUCUGCUUCGACUGCACUUCAAAGAACCCAACCUGGGCCUCCGUCCCGUUCGGCAUCUACCUAUGUCUCGACUGCAGCUCGCAUCACCGAAACCUCGGUGUCCACAUUUCGUUCGUUCGCUCUACCGUGCUUGACCAGUGGCAAUGGGACCAGCUUAGGAUCAUGAAGGUCGGUGGUAACGAGUCCGCCACCAAAUAUUUCCAGAGCCACGGCGGCUCUGCAGCCCUGGUAUCGAAGGACAUGACCGUCAAGUACAGCUCGAACGCGGCGACCAAGUACAAGGAGGAGCUUAAGCGGAGAGCUGUGGAGGACGCUAAGCAACAUCCGGAAGAGGUCGUCGUCGACGGCGGCGAGGAAGUUGCCGCUACACCGGAUAAGGACGAGGAUUUCUUUUCGUCGUGGGAUAAGCCCGCCAUCAAGCGCCCGACACCCCCGCCGUCUCGUACCGCCACUCCUCCCGUCAUCGGCAGAACCGCAUCUCCGCUCAAUCCGCAAGCCGCUGGCAAUGGUGCCGCCGGGAACGGAAUCGCACGAUCGAAGUCGCCACUCACCGGUACCGCCACCCCUCCUGCCGCUCCUCGAACUACCACAUCCUCCGCGCUGCGUACCAAGAGCGGUACCACCGGUCCCCGCAAGAGUGGUGUAUUGGGCGCAAAGAAGGGUAAGCUCGGCGCAAAGAAGCUCGCCGGUGAAAUCAUCGAUUUCGACGAGGCGGAGAAGAGGGCAAAGGAGGAAGCGGACCGUAUUGCCAAGUUGGGCUAUGACCCUGAUGCCGAAGAGGACCAGAAGGACAAGGGAAAGGUUGUGGCGUCGACACCGACACCGGCAUCGGCGGCCAAGGGACACCAGAGGAACAGCAGCGACACCGAGAGGUUGGGCCUGCAGAUGAACAGAUUGGGCUUCGGUCAGGUUGGCGGUGGUGCUGGGGCGGCUGCAAAGGCUGCGCCGAAAAAGAUGGGUGGGUUCGGAUCUGUUGGAGCUUCUGCUGCUCAAGACGAUGAUGAAUCCUUUGCCCGCGAAAAGUUCGGCCAGCAGAAGUCCAUCUCUUCGGACGAGUUCUUUGGUCGCAACAACUUCGACCCACAGGCACAGUCCGAAGCUCGCACUCGUCUGCAGGGCUUCGACGGCGCCACUUCCAUCUCGAGCAAUCAAUACUUCGGACGUCAAGAGGAGGAGGAGCCUGUCGAUUUGACCGAUAUGAACAACCUCGAGGGCACCGCGAGGGAGCUCGCCCGUAGGCUUGCGGGCACUGCUGGCGAGGAUCUGGAGAAUAUCACGAUGGCGCUGGGACAGGGCGCCGACAAAUUGCAGAAUGCUCUGAAGCAGUACCUUCGAUAAAGAGCUAGGUAGGUAGCCAUGUGGGUAGGGCAAAGGUUGGCGAUGUAUGAUCUGUUUUAUCGCGUGCACUUUUCUUGAAGAUCGGGAUCGGGAUCGGGAUCGGGAUCGGGAUCGGGAUCGGGAUCGGGAUCGGGAUCGGGAUAGGGAUAGGGGGAGCGCAAAAUGGUAUUCCUUUUGUUCUAUAUU